UGCUGAGUGCUGUUGUUGCGGGCAAGGUGGGUGUAAACAGGCAUUGAGAGGAUAGCUAGUGUAACCGUGGGAACCGAGGGCUGCACGGGGUGGACAGGGGAGGACAACCGGGGGAGGACACAUAGUAGGUCGCGCCACAACCGGGGCAUGUACCUGCUGGGUUUUCCUUGAGUUCCAGUCUCACCUUAUAUCGACAUCGGAUGGUGAAUGAAACCGAUCCGCGUCCAGAACAGACACACUGACAGACAAAGAUGGAAAGUCAAGGCAGCCGCUGUAAGAUCGUGGUGGUCGGAGAUACGCAAUGUGGUAAAACGGCGCUCCUACAUGUUUUUGCGAAGGACUGCUAUCCCGAGAACUAUGUCCCCACCGUUUUUGAAAACUACACGGCCAGUUUUGAAAUCGAAAAACAGAGGAUUGAGUUGAACAUGUGGGACACGUCAGGUUCCUCGUAUUAUGACAACGUGCGGCCGUUGGCCUAUCCUGACUCAGACGCUGUGCUCAUCUGCUUUGACAUCAGUCGCCCAGAGACUCUGGACAGUGUUCUGAAGAAGUGGCAGGGGGAGACCCAGGAGUUCUGUCCCAAUGCCAAGGUGGUUCUGGUGGGUUGUAAGCUGGACAUGAGGACAGACGUGAGCACCCUGAGAGAGCUGUCCAAGCAGCGCCUCAUCCCCAUCACACACGAACAGGGUAGUGGGUUGGCCCGUCAGAUAGGUGCGGUAGCGUACGUGGAGUGCACCUCCAAGGUGUCGGAGAACAGCGUACGGGACGUGUUCCACAUCACCACGCUGGCUUCUGUGCGGCGGCCACACAAGCCUCAGCUGAAACGCAGCAGCUCCCGCCGGGGCCUCAAACGGGUGUCCCAGCUGCCCCUGCCCCCCCUGCCCGGUCGGACUGAUACCCUGGAUCCUGCCCCUGCCAUGCAGAAGGACCGGGCCAAGAGCUGUGUGCUCAUGUAGAGACCCACCAAGACAAAUAUAUAUAUAUAUAUAUAUAUAUAUAUAUAUAUAUAUAGUACAGUAUGAUACACAGAAAUAUAUGACAGAAAGAGGAACUCUAUUUAUUGGUUUUGUUUUGUUCAAUUUUAUUUUUUAAAGAAAUCCUCUAAUAUUCUCGUUUUGCACUGCUGAGGAACAAGGACAAAAAAAGAAAAAAUAUGCUUUUGUGUGUGUUUGCGAAUCUUUUUGGAGCUGUUUACAUUUUUUUKGGGGGGGGGCUGAUGGACUGUGAAGUGGACUGGUUCUCGAGACGAAGUCUCAGGGUGGAGUGAGGAGAGGAGGGAAAUAGGAAGUGCUGCAUGGUCCUGGGGUAGGGUUUGUGGAGUGCAUUGACUGGGGGAUCAAUCCUUAACACAAGGACGGCACAACAGCCAUCUUUACUGGAUGGCUGGAGGAGAAGACUUUCAUUCUGUGGAGAAGGUAGUGGAGGAGUUGAAUCAGGAAGAUGGAACAAGAAACYUCUCAGUGGACAAUGGACAUGGUUGCUGUUGCUAUGCUAUAUUGUGUUGAUACUUCCUGUUGCCAUAUAUGAGAAUAGAAACGUGUACAAAAAAAUGCUGAAAAGGGACGCUUAUUGAGUGGGUAAAUGAUGGGAGUAGGUCAGACAGACGGAAAUACAGUAGUCAGUUUGACAUUGCUUUUGUAACCAGACAGAGUUAACAACAUGAAGAAUGUGUGGAGUUUUCCUCAGAUCAUUCGAACCACAAGUGCUUUCUAGAAAAAAGUCACUUUACAUAUCUGUUUCCGUAAUAAUUUAACACUGUUCAAUGCGUCAACUCAGAUCAUGUCAACUUGAUUCACUGAAGCUAUUGCUGUUGUCGUUAUGUUAAGAUGUUACUUUGUGGGAAAUAUAGCGGUAAAAUGUUAGGGCUAUUUUACUGUAUUUUCACAUACUCUAAAAGUCUAMAAUAAAGCAACAGCUUGACUGUAGGGAGAAGAGACUUCCUCUCUGACCCAUGUCUCUUCAUUGUGUUUGAGAAGACAUCAGUGCUGUCAGUCACUAACAUUACAAACAGUGCUGCUUGAAAGUAUGUGAACCCCUUGUGCAAUUACAGAUUUUUUUAGUUUUUACCAUGAAAUCUUCAUUUAAUCAGAACCAGUCUUUUUGAUCUGACAUAUGUUGGUGUAGAGGAAAUCAUGCGUGUAGUAGAAGAACAAAAUGAAAAAAGAAUUACUGCAGGUGCAAAAAUAAGUGAACCCCAAGUUGCAUUGGUUAAAUCAAGCAGGUAAGUAGAAUCUGGUGGGUAAACAAUUGGGUACCAA